AGCUAGCAGCUAGGGCAGCUGCUCUCUCUCGUCGAACCACACAAGAUGCAGGGCUAGCCAUUACUCCCAUAUACUAUACUACACGAGCGAGGCCGAGACGUCGUCGUCGAGAAGGAGAGGCGCCCGAGAGGAGAAACCAGGAAACAGUUUGUGACUGUUCUAGUAGCAGCUGGCCUGCAAAAGAGGAUCGGGUCGGAUCGGAGCCGAUGAUGAAGAGGAUGGUGAUCCUGAGGCGGUGCCACCCGCCGCCGCCUCUGUCUGUGCUCUUCGGCCGGUGCCGCAGCGCCGGCGUGCGCUACGGGGAGUGCCGCCGGAACCACGCGGCGAGCAUGGGCGGCCACGCCGUGGACGGGUGCCGCGAGUUCCUGGCCGAGGGGGAGGAGGGCACCGCCGCCGCGCUGCGCUGCGCGGCGUGCGGGUGCCACCGCAGCUUCCACCGCCGCAUGGUGCAGCGCUGCUGCCCCUGCGACGGCGCUGAUGCCGCCGACGUCGCUUUAGCCGCCGCCGCCGCCCGGUGGGACGACUGCUCGCCGGAGUCCUCGGCGUCCAGCACCACGCCCAGCUAGAAGGAAAGAAAUAAUCAGAACGUACGUACGCAAUCCAGCUCUGCCGCCUCUCGCAGUCGAUCCUUCUCUCCUCUCACUAGCAUAGCUAGCUCCAGCCUAAAUUAUUAUUGCCUGCUAUAUUGUAACGUACAACCAAUUCAUCACACGCUCCCCGUGUAUGUAUGCCCCCUCUUCCUUUUGUGCAUGAGAUUUAAUUUCG